AUGGACACCGAAUUCAGCGAAAUCAUCUCAUCCCCGCUCUUUACCUUCAUCGUUGGCAAGGCAAAGAAAGAAAUCACGGUGCAUUCCGAGGCCCUGGCCAGCCUGUCACCCACCCUUGACAAACUGAUCAAUGGCGAGAUGAUUGAGGCCAAAACUGGUCGGGUUGACUGGACGGAGGUAACCGAGGAAGCUACGUUCCUGCGGCCGUGCGAAUAUGCUUAUGUACGCGACUAUGCCCCACCGCCGUGUUCGCACCGAGAGAUAGAGCCUCCGAGCGUUCCAGUAUCGAAGUCGCCUGAAGAUCCGAAUGCUCUUGGAUGUGCCAGCAGCGGAGGAGUACGCAGUCGAGCCUGCACCCGAGCCAGUGGAGCCCGCUUAUG